GUUAACCGCUUAAACUUUUGUAGAAGCACAACCAUAUAAUCAAAUCAACCUCUCUCUCUCUCUCUCUCUCUCUCUCUGGCCAUUCUCAUUCUCUCUCUUCUUUUCUCAUGGAGCUCUCACUCUCCCUUGGAGGACCAACUAUAUUCCCUCGUUACAGGGCCUCAUAUACUUCUACCAAGCUCACAACCCACUUCUCCAACUUCCCUUCAAAAUUCUCCACCAAAAACUUUCAUCAAACACUUAGCUUCUACGGCCCGACCAGGGGCUCAAAAUCUUUAUUAAACACCCACCAAUGGAGAAAUUCCAUCCGGGCAUGUGCUGAAGCUGGAGCUGCUGGAUCAAAUCCAGUACUUAACAAAGUUUCAGACUUUAGAGAUGCUUGCUGGAGAUUCCUAAGGCCCCAUACAAUACGGGGAACCACUCUAGGAUCAAUUGCUUUGGUUGCAAGAGCAUUGAUUGAGAACCCAAAUUUGAUCAAGUGGUCUCUACUGCUAAAGGCAUUCUCUGGCCUACUUGCUUUAAUAUGUGGGAAUGGUUAUAUUGUUGGCAUCAAUCAGAUUUACGAUAUCGGUAUUGACAAGGUAAACAAACCUUAUUUGCCUAUAGCUGCUGGUGACCUUUCAGUUCAAUCAGCAUGGUACUUGGUGAUACUUUUUGCAGUAGCUGGUUUAUUGACUGUCGGAUUCAACUUCGGGCCAUUCAUCACUUCACUCUACUGUCUUGGUCUUGUCCUUGGCACCAUCUACUCUGUUCCUCCAUUUAGAAUGAAGAGAUUUCCUGUUGCAGCAUUUCUUAUAAUAGCUACGGUACGAGGGUUCCUUCUGAAUUUCGGUGUAUAUUAUGCCACCAGAGCUGCCCUUGGACUUACAUUUGAGUGGAGUUCAGCUGUUGCUUUCAUCACUACCUUUGUGACAUUGUUUGCUUUGGUCAUUGCCAUCACAAAAGAUCUUCCAGAUGUGGAGGGCGACCGCAAAUUUCAAAUAUCAACCUUUGCAACAAAACUUGGAGUUCGAAACAUAGCAUACCUUGGCUCUGGGCUUCUUUUGCUAAAUUAUAUCGGUGCUAUAGCGGCUGCAAUUUACAUGCCUCAGGCUUUCAAGCGUAACUUAAUGUUGCCCAUUCACACAAUCUUGGCACUGUCCUUAGUUUUCCAGGCCUGGGUUUUGGAACAAGCAAAUUACACUAAGGAGGCAAUAGCAGGUUUCUAUAGAUUCAUAUGGAAUCUCUUCUACGUGGAAUAUAUAAUAUUCCCUUUCAUCUAGAAACUAAUCUUUCUUUUCCUUCUUCCGAUUAUACAAGAGAAAGUAUUGUUAACUAGAGCCAUUAUUUUGUUAAUUGUAUAUAUUGUAAUUGCAGUAAAUUAUUGUACACCCUCAAAUUUUGUUAAUGUUUUUCCAUUAAGGCCCGUUUGGUUGGGGUUAAUGUAAACACGAGCAUAAAAAUUGUAUGGAAUAAAAUUCAGGUCUUCAAAAAUUUAUAUUGCAAUAUAUCUCUUUCAAUAAA